UCAACAGCUCCCCAUUACUCGUUACAACAUUAAUGUUUUAUGCUAACAGUUAUUUUGGGUAAUGCGCAUUGUGAUGUUGGUGAGAAUUACGUAGAGCAAGGAGUGAGAAAGAUUUUGCAAUGUUCAGGCAAUUAUUUAUUGUUUCCAUAUACCAAUGCUACUCUCACACUUGGGAAAUUAUGCUAGCGAAUGGGGCUUACGAAUGGAAUUAUUUGACAAUCGCUCAAACUUCGCAACAUUCGCUGUGUUUCGUAAGCUUUGGUGACAAUUUCGGAACGUUCACUAGUCAUUCUCCACCUCUUUUCGAAGAUCACUCAAUCAAAAUUGGGCGAAUAUUCUUGCGAUAUAUGAUUAAAUUCUCGCGAAUAAAAAUGUUGACAUUCGCGGUGAAUUCGCCAAACAAUUGCGAUUGGAUGGUGAAUAUCACAGAAAAAUGCAAAUACUAGGAUGUUAUAUGAAUAUUCAUUUUCAUCUUGGUCACCCCUCGGUCGUCCCUCGACCUCUCCUUAACAAUAUAUGACGAAUGCUUACCAGCGCUUGACCAUGCUAGCCAAUGCCUUACAAAUAGGCAACGACUGAGCUUACCAACAAUUUAAAACAAAUAAAGCGAUUGCUAGCGAAUGUUACGAAUGCUUGCGAAUGCUUACGAAAGGGCUUACAAACGUUAAUAAUGCACUUAGGAAUGUUACAAAUGUCUUACCAUCGUUGCCAAUGUCUUGCCAUUUUCUGACUAAUUUCCGCGAUUGCUAUUAAUACCGGGGCGAAUCUCGCUCUGGCCACUUGUUCGUUUGACAAACAGCAACACCACAUCUGUAUAAGAAAGGGGACCCGCGAAGGUUACAAACGCCUUACGAGUGCCUUUACGAACAUUGCCACAGCUUACGCAUGCUUUACAGACGUUAACAAUGGCUUACCAAUGCUAACGAAUGUCGAGGCGAAUGAUCGUCUUCGCAACAUUCGCUGAAAUUAACAAACCUGUUUGUAAAUUGACCGAUCUUCGUAAGGAGAUGGGGCGUGACGGGUAACCGCUCCGAAUUUGAUACGAACGCUUACGAAGACACGGCGAAUGUUGCGAAGUAUGAGCGAUUGUCAAAUAUUUUCAUUCGUAAGCAAAUUCACUCUUAUAUUAUUCGCAACAGUGUGAAACAGCAUUGGCGAGCGCAGUUUGGUGCUUAGGAAGAGCUUUUUAAUUUCAGCGAAUGUUGCGAAGACAGUCAUUCGACGUAGAUUUUCGUAAGCAUUAGUAGCCAUUGGUAACGUUGGUAAGCGUGCGUUAGCGUUGGCAACUUUCGUAAGCUAUUGUAAGGCAUUGACAAUCAUUGGCUAGCAUUGUUAAGCAUUCGUAAAAAUUCGUAACAUAUUGGUUCGGACAGGUCGAGGGGUGACCGAGGGCGAACGUGAAAAUAUUCACUAUCAAUUCGCAAAUUUUGGGUGAAUUCACCGCGAAUUUCAAAUAUCCAUAUUCGCAAGAAUAUUCGCCCAAGCGUGAGAGUUGCAUUAAGAAACGUAUGCAUCCGUUCUUUUUGCAACUUCAUCAGAUGUAGUGAUGAAAAACAACUUCUUGCUGGCUCUGUGUGGAAGUCUAAAUUGUAAAUUGGCUCAAAAACUGUUUAAUUAGUACACGGUGUUUUCACACAUCUUGGUUAAUUUUAGAAAUACGGCUGGCUUAGUCAUGAAAUGUGAAGGAGAUUUUCAUGUUUGAGAUUUUCCAAUAUCGGCCUAAAGCUUAAACGCACACAAAGUGGUUAUUAACUGCCUCUGUGUUCCGUUAUACUGCUCAUACACACGCUUCCAUCAUGCCCCGAUCGAUAAAGCAUUGUAUUUGUGCAGUGGGGCUGGCUUAUGCUUAUAGUUUGUAGCACCGCUAGUGUGGUCUUCACAAACACACAGUCUGACCAAAAAAAACAAGUAAAUACUGGCAGGAAAUGAGUCUUCCUGUCUUAUCUAACUCAUGAAAAGGUGCAAGAAGUUGUGGUUCUGACAAAUAGAUGAAUAAAUCAUGAACCGCUGAUGAGGAAUUCUGCUGACAUGCAAGACAACUCAGAAGACGGUUAUAAUAAAUGGAGGUGAUCUGCAAAAAAAAGUGGUGAGUCAUGAUGCUGGACAACUCGUCUCUUCAAUUUGUUUUAUUACUAGUAGACUCCAUGCUCAGACCGUUGAUGCAUGGAGGAAUAAGUUAUGUAAGCCCCUAUAGGGAGCGUGAGAGUAAAUUUCUUGCACCCAUAUUUUGAGAACUACACAUUGAGUAGGACUAUAUAGCUUGCGUAUUAGAAGUACUGUAGCUAUUGAAUAAUAAAACCAGUGUAGUUAUUGCUAAUAUUUGACCAGUGGAUAAAUUGCAUUACGUAAUCACAUUUCAUCUAAUGUCAGCGUGUGGGAUGGUAUACAAGCUUUGUGUUGGGUCGUCAGCAAGGACGAGAUGUUGGUCAAUACGGUACUGUUGAUCGAUGGGUUGUCAAGCAUGGCUUGUCAGCAUUCUUGAACCAUGUAGGCCUACGUUUCUUACCACUAAAAAUGUACGAAGUGACCCGACACAUUCUACAGAUGUCAAAUGUUUCUUCAAUGGUUCUUUAGAUUUCAUAUUAAAUUUAUUUAACAACAUUUUACCCUAAUUUUGUAUCAAGUAGCCUAAAUAAUCGGUUUGUUUUUAUGUAUACAUAGUCUAUUUGUAGUACAGUGACUUUCCUAGCAGACUCAACCAUAUCCGUAUGAUUAUUUAUGCUAACAAAAAAUUGCCCCUAUAUCAAAGCAUUUCUGAAAGGCCAAUUAACAACACAACAUCAUAAUGAGAUCAUAGUUCGUUAAUUUAAGUCUCAUUGUUUUUGUAUUUUAAAAAUCGCAGAAAAUCACUUCGUUCCUUUAUCGGACGAUUCAAGUGUACAACUUGACACAUCAACAGAAUGGAAUCCAAUAGCGAUUCCCGUGAGGGGUCAUCCAAUGACCACGAAGAACAAAUGUACCAAAUCCCCCUGGUGGACAUACCUCCGGAACGGCUGGAACCCUCUCAGCAAAGUGACACGGAACCCUUCGGUAGACACCGCAGUAAAGACCCUGUCCGUCAACUCCUACCGCGUAAAACCAGCACAGUUGGUCCGGCUGAAAGAGAGUCAUGGCAACCAAGAGUUUCGACGAAGAAGACUGGAAGCAAACGGAGGCAAAUGUCUAAUACUUUGCUCUUCCAACAAACAGACAGGCAGAAUAUGCUCAAGGAACCUGUGGUUUCAGAGACUGGAGACAAAUUUUCUUCUCCAAAGGAUUCAGCGUAUGAACCGAAAUCUGAGAGAGCGGCCAUCGUCAAUCAACUAAACAAGAAAGGGUUUUCUGCUCUCCAUUUAGCUGCUCAGAGUAAUAAUCUCGAAGAAAUGACGGAGCUUCUCGAUAGUUAUGCAGAUGUAGAUAUAACCUCUACGGAAGUGGGUUUAACUCCUCUUCACUUUGCUGCGCGGUAUGGAUGUACACAAGCCGUACGGGCUUUGAUUAACCACGGAGCAAACUGUGACGCGUCUACGACUAACGGGCAGAGACCAAUUCACCUGGCCGCAAGGAGGGGACUUGCUGACGUCAUUCAGGUUUUAAUGGAAGCUGACAAAGGUCAAGUUAAUGUUAGAAAUAACGAUCUGAUAACACCGUUACACAUGGUCGCACUCAACGGCAACGUGGAGGCAUUGCGGCUGCUGAUAACUUACGGCGCCAAAAUCGACGUUAAAGACAUCAAUAACAUCUCUCCAAUCAUGCUCUCAGUAUCCUCUGGACAUCUCGACAUGACAGAGACAAUCCUAAAAACAGCAUCGUCUCAAGAUUUGAGUACAAAUGAUAUACUGGAAGAUACCGACAACGAAGGGAACUCACUGCUGCAUGCCGCCGCAAAAAACGGGCACGCCAAGCUAGUGGAGUUUCUCCUGAGAAAUGGUGCAAGCGUAGACGUGCAGAAAAACUCCGGACAGACCCCACUUCAUCUCGCCGCAGUCAUGGGUUUCGUUGAUAUGGCGGCAAUGAUGAUUGAAUACGAAGCAACAAUUGAAUAUCAAGAUGAUGAACUCAUGACACCGCUACACAAGGCGUCAAUGUUUAACCGUCUGCCGAUGGUGAAACUAUUGCUUGAAAACGGAGCCAAAAUCAACGCCGUUGGAAAGGAUGGUUUUACCCCUCUACUCUUGGCCUGUUGGAAGGGUCACGCUGACGUAGUCCGGGAACUUGUAGCUCAGAAAGCUGACAUCACUAUCAAAGAUCAUCAACUUAAGACGUGUCUUCAUUGGUGCGUUGAGAUGGGGCAUUGUGAACUGGUAGACAUCAUUAUUGAGUCGGAGACUGGAUCUGAAUUGAUGGAGCAUCAGGAUAAGUUAGACCACAGCCCAAUGCAUUACUCCGCUGAGAUUGGGAACAAACAGCUGAUGGAAAUGCUGAUCAGCAAAGGUGCAAAAGGAGGUACGAGAAAUGUGGACGAGAAAACGCCUCUCCAUAUCGCAGCACAGUUCGGUCACCUAUCAUGUGUGGAGACGUUUUUAAAGAACUUCCCUAAUUUCUUAAACGAUGAUGACGUAGACGGUAAUACUCCACUCCUAUUGGCCAGUCGGGGAGGCCACCAUUGCGUCAUUUUGUUCCUGCUGGGCAUGGGGGCUGAUAUUUAUAAGAGGAAUGAUGAGUGGAAGACCGUCUUAUCCCUCGCUGCUCAGCUGAAUCGGAUGCACACUAUUGCCGUCUUGAUAGAACACAACGCUGACAUCAAUGCACAAGACAGAGAUAAGAAUACUCCUCUACACCUUGCGUGUAUAGAGGGCCAUUACCCAGCAGCCAAACUGCUUCUAAGGGCCGGUGCUGAGCUUACCCAUAAGAACAAAGAAGACAAAUUCGUUCUGGACGUCGCCAUCCAAAAUAGAGAUGAUGAAAUAGGCAAGGUCAUCUUGUCAAGCACACAGUGGGAGUCGGCAAUGAGCAACCGUGAUAAACAAGGGUUAUCCCCGAUGAAGAAACUGAUUGAAGAGAUGCCGAAUGCAGCCAUGAUUGUAAUGGAUUACUGUGUGGAGCGAUCACAUAAGAAUCCGACACAUCCCGAUCUAGUUAUAACGUAUGAUCACCAAUAUAUCGAUCCGGGAAUCGAUGAACACCAGAUUGGAAAACAUGGACGGUUUAAGGGCAGUAAAGAUCGAUAUUUUGGACUGAAGACAAUGGCCAUGUUCAACCGCGAAGACCUCUUAUCACAUGAACUGUCACAACAUAUACUGUCUAGAAAAUGGUUUCAAUUUGCAGGCCCAUUUUACACAGUGGAUUUUUCCUUCUACCUCAUGUUUCUUGGGUUCCUGUUGUACUACACAUGGUCGUGUGAGUUAAUACUCUCUGAAAAUCAACUGGAUAACAAUGGCUGCAUUAUACGCGAUGUGAACGACACUGCUUAUGUAUUCAACGAGGCAGGGGAGGUGGUUCGAUUCAGUGACGCAUCAAUAAUCGUUGCCCAAUUUGCCGUGUUAAUUUACUGCGGCUUUUUAUGCUUGUCUAAAGUCACCGAUAUGCUGCAUCAGAAACUUGCGUUCUGGAUGCACCUCCACAACUACUUUACUCUUGGCCUAUGUGUUGUUUGUAUAAUGUUCGUUCUACCAACAUUGAAGCCACCGUGUGCUCUUCAAUGGCAGGCUGGAGUUAUAGCCAAUUAUUGCAUCUGGCUUCAUCUUAUAACGUACCUUCAACCUUUGCCAUUCUUCGGAAUGUACGUCGGAAUGUUCUUCACAACACUAAGAUCUCUCUUGAAGGCUAUGACCGUCUACAUAUUCUUCAUAAUAGCAUUUGGAGUGAGUUUCUACAUCUGCUUCGCUCGACUUUCUUCGUUCAAGGACGUACCAAGCAGUCUACUCACCACGUUUGUCAUGACACUUGGUGAACUCAACAAAGCCGAUAUAUUUGAAAGUGAUCCCAUAGGACCAUUUGAUGCAGUCGCGUACACCAUCUUCGUUAUCUUUCUCUUCUUCAUGCCGAUUGUCUUAAUCAAUCUAACGGUCGGUAUUGCAGUUGGUGAUAUUGAGAAAAUAUUCAGAACUGCCUAUAUGGAUCGGCUUCGUAAUCUUGUUUCUCUAUCAUGGGAUUACGAGACCAAACUCCCCGCUGUUGUACUUCGUAGAUUACACAAGAGUAAAACAACGGCUAGACCGAACAGACGCUCAGUAGGAAAGCGCGGGAAGUUAAAACGCCUACUGUUUGGGGACGAGGACUCACCCUUCUUACCAAGAGAGGAAGAAGAUACAUCCCAAUGUGCCCCUGACAAUACAGCAGAUAUUCGGCAAAUUCGCGGAUCACUUAGUAUAAUGGACAUCGUUCUCCAGCAACACACAGACGUCAUGAAGAAGAUCACCGAAAAAUUUGAUAUCAAGCACGACUUCGAGGAUGCGUUAUCCUAUAAGGAAACUGUAUCCAGCAUUCUCCAUUGAAAUAAGCAUUACUGGAAACCCAAGGAUUUCUCCUAUGACGUCAGACUCUUUUAUCCUGUGUACAUAUUCCCAAUUUCUCAUGUCAUGACAUGUACGCCAUGUUUACUGUUUCCUUUAGGUGCGCGAAGUAUUUUUCGCUGUGUGCUUUGAGAGAAGACUAGCGUUUGAGAAACGACCUUCAUGAUUAAAAGUUUACAGUUGUUGAAUUAAACGUAACUACUUUACCAUCACUACCAAAAUGUGUGUUUACUUCAAAACGACAGAAGCACAAUGAGAGUUUUUAAAAGGGUUGCAACGUGUCAGAACUGCAUUAGCUCUAUGGAACUGUACCAUCUCGUGAGAUGUCACAUAAAUCUCUAUUUUUUUAUAAUACAAUGUAAUAACAAUUACAACAUUUA